CGCCGAGGAUCCGAAGCUCCCGGGACCCCGAAGGUACAUCCUCCUAAAGAAGGUUAAAUCAGGGGAUCUUAAAUCAGUUACCCCUCUGCCUCAGGCUGGAGUGAGCCCUUCUAAGUUAAUCCCAGAAUGGCUUCAACAGGGGAACAGGAUGGACUUAAUAUUGUGAAGGUGGAGGAAGACCCUAUCUGGGACCAAGGAACCUACCUUCAGGAGAACAGCUUUUCUGGCCAGGAGGCCUCCCGCCAACUCUUUAGGCAUUUUUGUUACCAAGAGACUCCUGGUCCCCGAGAAGCACUGAGCCGACUCCGGGAACUCUGUCAUCAGUGGCUGAGGCCAGACACACAUACCAAGGAGCAAAUCCUGGAGCUUCUGGUGCUGGAGCAGUUCCUGACUAUCCUGCCCGAGGAGCUCCAGGCCUGGGUGCAGAAGCACCAUCCCGAGAGUGGGGAGGAGGCGGUGGCUGCAGUUGAAGAUCUGGAGCAAGAGCUAAGUGAGCCAGAGAACCAGGCCCCAGACUGUGAACAUGGACAUUCUGAAGUGCUGUCAGGGGAUGCAGUGCAUUUGAAGGCCAAGCAGGAAUCAACAGCUCUCCAGGUUCAGUCCAUGGUGACACAGCUCAAAUGUGAAUCUUUUGGGCCCCACAAAUUUGGAGAACAAGAUGGUGAAACUGUACUUGAAAAUCAGGACUUGGCAUCGAAACAAGAAGUCUUAAAAGAAAUGGGGCAUAUUGAGAAUAGCAGACUCCAAAGAGAUGUUCCUUUAGAUUCUAAGUACAGAGAAACUUGUAAACGUGAGAGCAGGGUAGAAAAGCAGAGGGGACACCCCACUGGAGAGAGACGUCACAGGUGCAACGAAUGUGGGAAAAGCUUUACUCAGAGUUCAGUUCUCAUUCAGCACCAGAGAAUCCACACUGGGGAGAAGCCAUAUGAAUGUGAAGAAUGUGGAAAGACCUUCAGCCAGAGGUCAGGCCUGGUUGAACAUCAGCGGAGCCACACUGGAGAGAAACCCUAUCAAUGUAAGGAUUGUGGGAAAGCCUUCAGUGCCAGCAAUGGCCUCAUUAGACACAGAAGGAUCCACACAGGGGAAAAACCAUAUGAAUGUGAAGAUUGUGGGAAAGCCUUCCGCCUGAGCUCCUACCUUGUUCAGCAUCAGAGGAUACACACUGGAGAGAAGCGCUAUCGCUGUAACGAGUGUGGUAAAGCCUUCAGUCAGAAUGCGGGGCUUUUCCAGCAUCUCCGAAUCCACACUGGUGAGAAACCCUAUCAAUGCAGUCAGUGCAGUAAAAGCUUUAGUAGGCGAACACUCCUUAUAAAGCAUCAGAGAAGCCACACUGGAGAGAGACCGUAUGAGUGUGAUGAGUGUGGGAAAGCCUUCACCUCCCUGAGCCACCUUGUUGUCCACAGUAGAAUUCAUGGUGGAGAAAAGCCUUUUGCAUGCAAUGAAUGUGGUAAAACUUUUAGCCGAAGUACACACCUUAUUGAACAUCAAAGAACUCACACUGGAGAGAAACCUUAUGAAUGCAGUGAAUGUGGAAAAGCUUUUAGCCGGAGGACACACCUUAGUCUACAUCAGAGGAUCCAUACUGGAGAAAAACCAUAUGAAUGUAGUGAAUGUGGAAAAGGCUUUAGCCGAAACACUAACCUUAGUCAGCAUCAGCGAACUCAUACUCAAGAAAAACCUUACAAAUGUAAUGAAUGUGGGAAAGCCUUCAGUGACCGUUCAACCAUAAUUCAGCAUCAACGAAUACACACUGGAGAGAAUCCCUAUGAAUGCAGUGAAUGUGGAAAAGCUUUCAGUUGGAUCUCAUCUCUUAUUGAACAUCAGAGAACACACACUGGGGAGAACCCCUAUGAGUGCAGUGACUGUGGGAAAGUAUUCAGUCGGAGCUCAUCCCUUGUUGAACAUCAGAGAAUACACACUGGAGAAAAGCCCCACGAGUGUAGAGAGUGUGGAAAGGGCUUCAGUCGGAGCUCCUCCCUUAUCAUUCACCAGAGAACUCAUACCGGAGAGAAGCCUUACAAGUGUAGUAACUGUGGGAAAGCCUUCAGUCAGAGUUCAUCUCUCAUCAGACAUCAGCAACUUCACACUAAAGAGUAAUAUCUGUGCUUUGCUUAAUGUUAGCACAAGAGCACACAGCAUAACCUCCCACAGCUGAAAAGAAACAUAUAUACUUCUUUGAAUUUUCCUUCCUACUAGCUAGC